AUGCCCUAUGCUGAGAUCACUGUGUAUCUGGGCAAAGUGACUUUGGGAGAAGAGAACAGGAAGAAGAUGACCAAUAGUUGCUUAAAAAGACAUGAGAACUCAAGUAUCAUCCAGGCUGUGUGUGCACUGCUGAAUUCUGGAGGAGGUGUGAUCAAAGCAGAGAUAGAUGACGGAAACUAUAGUUACCGAUGCCAUGGGCUGGGGCAGGAUUUGGAAACUUCCUUUCAAAAACUCCUUCCGUCAGGUUCACCGAAGCACCUCGACUAUGUACAACAGAACCAUGACCUCCUGAUUUUUGUGAAGUCGUGGAGCCCAGAUGCCUCCAGCACUCCACUGAAGAUUUGCAGUUUACGCUCCAACUUAUACCAGAGGGAUGUGACCUCUGCCAUCAACUUGACUGCCAGCAGCGCCCUGGGGCUUCUCAGAGAGAAAGAGUCUAAAGCCCAAAGAGGUCCCCCCAGGUUACAUUCUCUGGAAUGCGCCCUCAACCGAUCCAUUCAGGAAGAGGAAGAUAUUAAGAUGUGCGCCUCUGAAUUUUUUAAAAAAGAUAGACUCAACUACAAGGAGAAGCUUAACUUCACAGAGUCAACUCAUGUCGAGUUUAAAAGGUUUACCACCAAAAAGAUUGUUCCUCGGAUUAAAGAGACUCUAGCUCAUUAUGUUUCCGCAUUUGCCAACACUCAGGGGGGAUACAUAAUUAUUGGGGUUGAUGAUAAGAGCAAAGAAGUGUUUGGAUGUAAGAAAGAAAAAGUGAACCCCGACUCACUAAAAACAGAAAUUAAAAACUGCAUAGAAAAGUUGCCCACAUACCAUUUCUGUCGUGAAAAACCCAAGGUGAAUUUCACAACCAAAAUUUUGAAAGUUUACCAAAGAGAGGCCCUGUAUGGUUAUGUCUGUGUGGUUCAAGUACAGCCGUUCUGUUGUGUCGUGUUUGCAGAGGACCCAGAUUCCUGGAUCAUAAAGAACAAUACUGUCACAAGGCUGGUGGCUCAGCAAUGGGUGGACAUGAUGCUCGACCUUCAGCCAGGUAAAAAGAGAGGGAAAGCAUUGCUGAACUACAGUGCUCGCCCGAUGUCAGCAGCUUUAUCUGCACCGAGAAGGCCAGCGUACCUCACAAAAGUCCUGGAACAUAAGGAGGCUCUGCAGCGUCGUUUGCUUCCAGAGACACAGGAAGACCUACAAUUUCAGCCAGAGUCCCUGCGUGAGAAGCUGUUCUCAGAUCAUGAUGGCCUGGAGGACUUGCUGAAGGCACAGACACAUUCCUGCUCUCACGGGGUUGUGAUACUUUCUAGAAGCUGGGCUGGUGAUAUUGGUUUAACGAAAGAGCAGAACGUCCUGUGUGAUGCUCUCUUGGUGGCAGUCAACAGCCCCCUGGUGCUCUACACCAUCUUACCAGACCCCAGUUGGAAUGGAAGAUCUGACUAUACUCAGAAUACCUCCCUUCAGUUAAAGCAGCAGCUACAAUCUAUUGGCGGCUACACGGGGAAAGUAUGUGUCAUUCCAAGGCAGAUAUACCUGACCGGCGGCGGAGGGUCCAGCCCUGAUGCGUCUCCCGUGUACUACCCCUGCUCCUACACGCUCUCCAGCAGAGCUGAAGUGGAGGCUUUGCUGCAGGCCCUUGUGCUGGUCUCACUGUGCUCCAGGUCGGUGCUGAGUGACCAGCUGGGCUGCGAGUUUUUCAAGCAGUGUGCGGAAGAACAAGGCAACUCUCUUUCCAGGAAGCUCCAGGAAACCCGGGAACUGUUCAUCCACUGCGUUCCAGGAACCAGGAAGACAGAUCUAGCCAUAAAGAUUGUGGAGAAAAUUAAGGAUGUGUUCCACUGCAAACCAAAAGAGAUCCUCUAUGUUUGUGAAAAUGACUCCCUAAGGGGUUUUGUGAUGCAACAGGUCACCUGCCAAGCUGUGACCCGGAAGACCUUCAUGAGAGAUGAGUUCCCAAAGAUUAAACAUAUAGUGAUGGACGAGACUGAGAAUUUCUGCAGUCAUCAUGGUGACUGGUACCUGAAGGCUAAGAGCAUCACCCAUCCAAAAGUGAAGGGGGCUGCAAGGGGCAGCCUUCACCGUGGGAUCCUCUGGAUUUUUCUGGAUCCUUUCCAGAUCCGUCAUGCAGAUAUCAGUGGCCUUCCUGCUCCUUCUUCUCAGUUUCCUCGAAAAAUUAUCACCAACCAGAUGCACUGUGCUGUGGAAAUCGCAAAGGUUAUGAAAGAAGAAAUGAAGUGGAUCCAAGAAAACCCUCCCUCCGACAUAUCUCCAGAUACCCUGGCAAUGUUCCAGGAGGCUCCCUACGAGGAAGCAAUGUACACCCAGGCUCUGCCUGGGGUGUGUGAGAUCAAGGCUGACCUGACACCAGAACAAAUUGCCAACUAUGUGGCAGAAAAAUGUCACAGCCUGUUCCACGAUGGCUAUCUGCCCAAAGACAUAGCAAUUCUGUACAGGAGAAAGGAAGACAAAGGACAAUAUAAGGAUGCGUUGCUAAGAGCAAUGGACCGUGGGGCAAUGGAGGUUGCAUUCAGCAGCGCUGCCGAUGUUUGUAGCAAUAGCAUCAUUUUAGAUAGCAUUCAGCAGUUUUCAGGCAUGGUGCGGAAUAUUGUGUUUGGGCUUAGUCUUGCAUCCGUGCAGUCAGAGGGGGUUCAUAAACUCUGCUUUGCCUCAAGAGCCAUUAAACACCUCUAUUUGCUGUAUGGAAGGACAGCCUUCUGA